AUGACAUCCGAUUCUUCGAUAGACACCAGCAACCCAGUUUACUUUUGGAAGCCGGAAGGAGAGACCGGAUACCUAGGACAGUGGUGGCCAUCUUCAUUCUCAUUGGACCACGACGGCGUGAAAUUUACUUACGCAAAUGUUGAACAAUAUAUGAUGCAUCGCAAAGCGCUUCUCUUCGCUGGUGCAGACCAUCCAAUUACCCAAGAGAUCCAAAAAGGUUGGAAAGUACAUCCAAGAGCACUACGGGAUUUAGGAAGGAAAAUUCCAAACUUCUCAGAUGAUGUGUGGGAGGCAAAUCGAUUUGAUAUCGUUGUGGAGGGGAGCUAUCUUAAAUUUUCACAGAAUGAGGAGCUCAAACAGAAGUUACUUGCUACAGGGAAUCGAGAGUUGGUCGAGGCAAGCCCAAGGGAUCGAAUCUGGGGUGUUGGCUUUGGGGCAAAAAAUGCGGGUGCUAUGCGAGAAGAAUGGGGGUUGAAUCUAUUGGGCCAGGCGCUUAUGAGGGCGCGAGAAAGGAUUUUGGAGGAUUUUGGCGUGGCUCAAGUCUGA